GCCUUUCGGAUGCCGGACCCGGAUCUGCGGAAGGGCCACACCACCUGGGCGGUCACAUCCGGGACAUGGGAGCUCGCAGGGCUCCGCCUCCCGGUAACUGUGGCGACGGUAGAUUAAUGCCCCGCCCCCUGCCCCUGUCGACCAAUAGUGGCAGCUCUUGUUUCCAAGGCCACGCCUCCCCGACCCCGCUGCCCAUCCACACGCCUUCUCGGCCAGUUCCUGGGCAAAAGCCCCGCUGGAUCGGUUCCUAUGCUCGUUGGUUGGCAGCGUCUCCCAUGGAGGUCCCGCGGGACAGCCGCCAGCUGCCCCCUCACGCCUCGGGCACCCCGGUGCUGUCGGUCGUGGACAUGCACACGGGCGGGGAGCCCCUGCGGAUCGUGCUGGCGGGGUGGCCCGAGGUGGGCGGCCCCACCGUGCUGGCUAAACGCCGCUACGUGCGGGAGCACCUGGACCCGCUGCGGCGGCGCCUCAUGCUGGAGCCGCGCGGGCACCGGGACAUGUACGGGGCGCUGCUGGUGCGCAGCGAGCUGCCCGACGCGCACGCGGGCGUCUUGUUCCUGCACAACGAGGGCUACAGCUCCAUGUGCGGCCACGGCGUGCUGGCCCUGGGGCGCUUCGCGCUAGACUACGGGCUGGUGCCGCCGCCCCCGCCCAGUGUCCGCGAGGCCCAGGUCCGCCUGCACUGCCCCUGCGGCCUGGUCACCGCCUUCGUGGAGUGCGAGGGGGGCCGCAGCCGGGGGCCCGUUCGCUUCCACAGCGUCCCGGCCUUUGCCUUGGCCACAGAUCUCGUGGUGCAUGUUCCUGGCAAAGGGGACGUUGUAGUCGACAUUGGAUAUGGUGGUGCAUUUUAUGCAUUUGUUAAUGCUGAAAGGUUUGGAUUAGAUGUCUGUUCUUCGAAGACGAGGGACCUUGUAGACGCAGCAACUGCAGUUACAGAAGCAGUUAAAGCACAGGUUAAAAUUCAUCAUCCGGAGAGUGAAGAGCUUGCAUUUCUCUAUGGAACGAUAUUAACAGAUGGAAAGGAUGCUUUGAGUGCAGAGCCAACAGCCAACAUCUGUGUGUUUGCAGAUGCACAGGUUGACCGGAGCCCCACUGGUUCUGGAGUGACGGCUCGCAUUGCCUUACAGUAUCACAAGGGACUUAUUCAGCUGAACCAGACCAGAACCUUUAAAAGUAGUGCAACGGGCUCACUGUUCACUGGCAAGCCAGUGAAGGAAACCAAAUGUGGUGAGUUCAAAGCAGUUGUAGUGGAAGUAUCAGGACAAGCCUAUUACACAGGUACAGCAAGCUUUAUAAUUGAAGAAGAGGACCCACUGAAAAAUGGAUUUCUUCUCAAAUGACCUUAUUCAUGACCUUUACUGUCCCCUUUUAAAGCAACCAUUAUCCAAGAGCUAGUUGUCUUCAUGUUCUAUAGAAAAGUAUGCCCUCUUAUACAUGUAGAUUGUCAUCCUAUCUAACUAAUCACAUAAUCCUCAAUUAUAUAAAAUCAUGUUAACAAAUAAUAGAUAACAUAACUCUUUAGGGUUUGUAAAUUACUUCUCAUUUUAUCUCAUGGCAAUAUUAUUUGUAUGAACCAGUUUAGCUAGAAACAUCUUUAAUGUUCUAGUAAACCAAAAUAUGAAGGAUGACAAUCCAAUUUUUCUUUUAUAGUAGUGCUUAGCAUAAAUGAUAAUAAAAAUUACCCAUUUCAAAUAGAUUUGUAAGUUUUGGAGUUUUGAAGGUACAAUCUUAUCUUUCAAUGUUGUGUUAAAGGGACCAUUUGAAUAAAAGACACUUUUUGAAUGGUA